AUGUCCAACUCAUUCGCAAAGAUACUUCAAAGGAGCAAGUUCGCCAGCUACGACCCAGCAAUAGCGCAGACUUACACGGCGAGCCGGGCGCAGCGCCAGCGGGGAGAAUACGGGUUCAAGCGGGGGGUAAUUGGAGGCGAAUCGAUCCGAGUCAAGUCGCAAGACAACGAGCUGGGUGCGGUGGACUACUCCAACACCACAGGCGAUGCAAAGGUAGUGCAGCGCAUCAGCGACAUGCGCGUACCGGUGCAUGGCGUCAGCAGUGCUGUAGCGCCCUACAGCAGCUACAGCGAUAGCAAUAGCUCCAGCUCUGCUCCCCCUUCCGCGAAACACACACACGAUAACCCCGAUUCCCCCCUCGCCUCCCUCUCUACACGCCCCGAUAUCGAGGCUAUGUCUGCUGACGAGUUUCGCCGCUACGUCGCCCGUCUCCAUGAAAGGCGCCCUGCUUUUAGGUCUUUUCUCGGCAAAUUGGCUGGUGAGCGCGCGGCAGCAGUGGCAGCGAUGCGCGGGCAGAAGAGUGAGGGUGGUCAGGAUGGCAAACUCAACACUCACACUCCCGUGGAUCUCUACGCCGCUGCACAGACGGACGCAUACACUUACCAGCAGUUCCUCAAGCAAGAGCAGCGCAAGCGAGUAGACGAGCAGCGCGGGCAAGUGCUCGUGAGCAACAUGCACGCGAAUGGUGGAUUGCGCUAUUCACAUCCAUCUCCUAUCGAAUCUGCUCGCCUCACGCCCCCUCUCCCAGGUCGCAUCCUGCCGCACUCCCCCACCACGCGUAACUUUGCCAACAGACAGAAAAAACCUAUUGCUCUCGCUGGUCUCGUUGCUACCACCGAUAUGUCAAACUUGCACAAUAUGGCAGCGACUGAUUUCGCAGGCGCCAAGGAUAGCACUAGCGCCCGCAGAGAUGAAAAGGCAGGCACAGCUAAUUUCAGAGUCGUCGAGAAGGCCUCCGUUGGUAAAGUGCCGCGUGUGGUCCACAACCAUAGCGGUAAGAAUACCCUUGAAGGCGCUUUCAUACACUUGGACGUCGUCGAGGCGGGCAGUCUCGAGAAAAUGCAUCAUUUCGCUACCGCUUUCCCCAUCGGGUCACCCGAGUACGUAAGCACUUUCGAAAAAGAUAAACCAAGUGGUCGUAGUAGGCCGACAGGGUUUUUGGUAGGCGCGCAGGACUUGCCCCUCUACCAGAAGAAGAGGAUGAACAGGGAUGGCGAGAAUGCGACGCGCAUUUCGGAGAUGAUGAAGGCUGCCAGGGGGUGA